AUGCGGUGAAAGUGAAAAGAGUAGUGAAGUGCGGUGCGUGAGGGUUUGGUUGGAACCAACCUCCAUCAGUAAUCAUUUCGAUUCCAUUUGGGUACACUUGUGUUUCAAUUCUAGGGUUUUUCUUUCACUCACACUUCAAUUUCAAUUAGUUGACUUGAGCAGGAACAGCGAUGAAGAGGCCAUUUUCAUGGGAUAAUCAAAUUGAUGUCUCUUCUUCCUCAAAUUCCAGUAACACUUUUCGUCCUAAUCCUCCAACUAUCCCUAAGGCCCCCAUACAUAUCACUUCCCAAGAUGCAUUCAUCAAACGGGCAGAAAUGUAUCAGGAUUACAUGAAGCAGAUUCCAAUCCCAAGUCAUCGAGGCUCUGUGAUCCCAUUUACCUCAUGGAUGGGAUUGGGCAGAUCCAUUAAGCAGUUAUACGGACAGCCUCUUCAUUACCUCACAAAUAUUCUCCUCAAGCAGUGGGACCAGUUGAGAAUUGGCAGUGAGGAUGAAUAUAAGCCCUUGGACAACAUGAUUCAUCCAUGCAAAGCUGAAGCCACCAUCUGGCUCGUUGAAGAAAUCCAUCGCCAAACGUCAUCGCCUUUUCAUAUUGCUAGUCUGUGGCAGGUGGAUCCAAUGUACAAUGGUUUUAUUGAUUCCAUUUUCCCAACAUUAGUACACACAUCAUGAAGUUAGUUAGUUUAGAGGCUUUGUACUGUAUCCUGCAUCUGCAAAUAGUUUCAGCUAUGUUUUCCUUUGGGUAAAGCAAAAUUGAACAACUUUUUUGAUA